AUGGACUGCGAAAAGUCCCCGCCCCCGCCAUCCCCUCCCCCCCUCGACGCCUCUCCCGCCCACAGCCCCGACCCGAUGGCCGCCGUCGUCGCCUCCCACCCCUUCGACUCCCCACACGACCCCCGCGUCGCCGCCGCACAGGCCUCUGGCGUCGUCAAGCCCCGCUAUCGCCCCGCCCCUGCAAAGACCUUCCAAUGCAGAGGCUACGGCGAGUGCAGGAUGAAAGCACACCGGCGAGCGUCCCUUCACCUGCCACUGCUCCAAGCAGUUCUCCCGCCUCGACAACCUCCGCCAGCACGCCCAGACCGUCCACGCGACAAGCAGGAGCAGAACGAGCGCAUGAUGCAGGAGCUCACCUCCCUCCACGCCAACAUGACCGCCGCCGCCAAGGGUGGCCCCGCCCGCAACAAGCGUCCCCAGCUCUCCUCUGGCUCCCCAGGCUCUCUCACCGGCGCCGUCCCCGCCAUGGCCGUCAAGCAGGAGGAGGGCGCGCACGGGCUGCCCAUCGCCCAGCGCCCGGGUACGAGCACGGGCUACGAGGGUGCGAACGCGCUCUUUCACCACCCUGGAAGUUCGCCCUGGCUCAUGCAGUCCGCCGAUGUCGACCGCGCCCCCGCUGCCGCUCGGCCGCCCAACAGUCAUUCCUUUCGUGACCCCGGCCAGUCCUUUCGUGCCUCAAUCAAUGCCGCCCCGUCACCUCCCUCCACCGCUGGCUACCAGCACCAGCUCGGGCACCACUCGGGCCAGUCCUUUCUCGUCCCCUCCGCCACCCAAUUCAACUUCAGUCUCCCCGAUCUCCCAUCCGCCCCACGCCCAGGAUCUAGCAGCGGCCCUCCAGCAGACCCCGCUCGAUCCCUCCCGCCCCUCUCUGCCGUCGUCGCCUCAUCCCUCCCUCCCCCUCCCGCGGCGGCUCCCUCCCCCACCGCCGCUCGCCCCCGGAUCACAGCCCCAGCAGCCACUCACACACUCAUCCUAUUACCCCUACCAACACCAUCAGGGCCCUAUCACGGACGCCGACCGUCAACCGCUACACGUCCAGGCACUGCCCCCGCCUCAUACUACUACCCACCAGGCUCUGCUGGCUCAGGCGCAUACGCUGCAGGAGUACCAGGUUUGGGCCCUCGGGGGUCAGAGCUAUCCCUACGGUUUGCCGUCGGACAUCCAGGACGCCUCGGCGGUGGGCUCGAGCCCAUACGGCGCCUCGCAGCGGCUAUGGAGGCAGCGUCGAGGAUGCGCGAGGAGACGAGCCGACCGUCGUACGCCCCGACCCAUAUGGGUCAUCGUCCGGGCUCAACCCUCGCAAACGACCUUUCUCUGGAUCCGACGACGACGAUGGCCCACGGGAACGCGCAGAACGGCUCGGCGGAGAUGCUGGCCGCCCAGUUAGCAGCGGGCCCGGGGCCGAGUACGACUACGGGUCCGACUCUCGGCCCCAAUCUCGACGGCUCUCUGUCAUGGAACUCUGCAACGACCCACCUCCAGAUGCAGCAGCAGCUCGAGCACUUGUACCGCUCCCAGACGCAGCAGCAGCAUCAGCAGCUCGCUCAGGCCCGUCAGCACGCGGCCUCUCGCGGCCCACAACAUCAUCCGGACUCGUCACUUCCGCCGCACAACUCGCACUCGUCGACCGCCCCUCCCGCAGCCCCCCUCCGCCCGCAGAGCGUGCACCCGCCGUCGCAGGUGGCGCAUCAUCACUAUUCUCUCGAGCUCCACCGUCAGCAGCAGGAGCAGCUCCGACAGCGUCUGCAGGACCAGCAGCGUUCCGAGACGGAGCGGGAGCAGCGGCGACGGAAUUCGGAGGAGGCGUAUAUGAUGCAGCAGCUCGCGGCGGCGGAGUCGUACGGGGUGCCGCUCUCGGACAGCCCGCAUAUGGCGCAGGCGGGCAGCACGUACUUCCCGGGCCCGGGCACGGAUGGGCCGCGCGGUCGCCAUCCUUCACACCCUCGCCCAUCGCAUCUCCACGGUCAUAUGCCGGGUCUCCCGUCGGCCAUGCAUCCGCUGCAGGCUCACCUGGCACAUCCGCAGAUUAUGGCGGACGCGGGAGCGUACCCCCCACAUCACCUGGUGAUGGACGGCGUGGGCCCGGAUCCCCUGGAGUUGGCGGUGCUGCGGGACAGUCCAGUGGGAAUGGUCAAGUACGGCUCGCCACUGCCCUUGGAAUGA